AUGAGCAACGACAGCAUCUCGGAUUUUCUCGCGGAGCAACGAGACGCAGCUCCGGAGGAGCUUCAGCCGCUCAUUCUCAACUUCGAAGACUUCUGGGAACGCAAACUAUGGCACCAGCUCACAGAUGCCCUCGUGGAAUUCUUCAACGACGAUGGCAGUGCCCCCCAACGCCUCGCCUUCUAUAACGUCUUCAUCCUGAAGUUUGCUGAUAAGAUCAACAAACUGAAAUUGGUAAUGCUGGCACUCAAAGCUGCGACACAAUGCAAGGACGAUCGCGAUCGCUUAGCAUUCCUGCAGUCGGUAGUCAAGAAGGUGGACACGGAGGAUUCUCAAGAUGCGCUGGUGUUUGCCUCUGUUGCAGUUGCUAGGGUGAAGCUAAGUCUCAAUGAGCUGGAAGACGCAAAACAUGAUCUCGACGCUUCAGAGAAAAUCCUGGAUUCCUUCGACUCUGUUGAGUCUGUCGUCCAUGCCGCUUUCUACGACGCCAGCGCCAAUUAUUACAAGCUCAAAAUGGACUUUGCAAAUUAUUACCGGACCGCCCUACUUUACCUUGCCUGCAUCGAUCUAUCCACCCUUUCUGACGAGGAACGACAUCAAAGAGCUUAUUUCCUGAGCGUGGCCGCCCUAGUAUCCACGAGCAUUUAUAACUUUGGCGAGCUGCUGCUGCAUCCCAUCCUGGAUACUCUGGGCCGGAGCAAGAGUGAUGCUUGGCUGCGUGAUCUUCUUUUUGCUUACAAUCGAGGAGACCUUGCUGCCUAUGAUGUUCUGUCAGACAACAUUGCGUCGAAUAAGCUCUUAAACGAAAAUUCGGAUAGUCUUCGACAGAAAAUUUACCUGGCAGCCUUGACGGAAGCCGUCUUUCGCAGACCACCCCAUGACCGGACCAUGACCUUUGCGACCAUUUCCCAGGAGACCAAGGUUCAGCCGCAGGAGAUUGAGCAUCUGGUGAUGAAGGCUUUGAGCCUGGGCCUCCUUCGCGGAACGAUAGAUCAAGUAGGCCAAAUUGCGCACAUUACCUGGGUGCAGCCGAAGGUGCUUGAUAUGAAGCAGAUCGAGAGCAUGCGCCAACGAUUGCUCGAGUGGGACUCGAAUGUCAAUCAGUUAGGAAACUGGAUUGAAGCUGCUGGUCAUGAUGUCUGGGCCGCCUAA